ACGCGCCAUCGCCGGUCGACGCGCUCGACGCGCUCGUUGACAGUACACAGGGUAUAUUGAGUGAAGACAGUACACACCCAGUACACACCAAGGCCCUAAAACAUACACACGUUGCCCGGGGGACGUGCGUGGAAGUAAACGAUUCGAUACUUCUAUCCGGAAAAAAACUCUGAUACUUUUAAGAACUUCAACGAAGUCAGCAUAAUGCUAUUCUUCGAAAAGCUGAAGAUAACCUCUUGUUAACGCUGGUACUUCUUUCUGUAAACGCGAGGGGCUGUGGCCUCUCUUUACUGUCACUGGCACGGUUCUGCAUCAGCAUCGCUGCAAUUUACUCGAAUAAAUAAGUUGGUCACUAGGACAACUCUCCAGCCAUGUCUGCCAUGUAUUCGAUCCACAAGACGAUGCACCCUCCGACGGGCAUCGAGCUGAGCCUCUACUGCAACCUGAUGGGUCAGGGGGACAAGCAGCUGGUCGUGGCCGGCUCCAACAUGCUCAAGGUGUUCCGCCUGGUGCCAGAGCCAGAGGAGCUCCAGUCCUCAGAAAAAGGCGAGUGUCCGAAGACUCGGUUGGAGUGCCUGCUGUCGUUUCCUCUGUUCGGCCGCGUGGCGGCGCUGGCGUCGGCGCUGCUGCCGGGCAGUCGGCGCGACUCGCUACUAGUCGGCUUUGACGAGGGCAAGCUGUCGAUCUGCGAGUACGACCCGCUGCGGCACGACCUCACCACCGUCUCCAUGCACAUGUUCGAGGAGGACGAACUGCGGGGAGGCGCCACUGAGACCAUCGGAAUGCAGAUGCGGGUCGACCCGGAGAGCCGGUGUGCCGCCAUACUCGUCUUCGGAAAACGCAUCGCCAUUCUACCGUUCGGUAGGGAGGCGUCGGUGGACGAGGAGACGGGCGCCCGGCGCGCGCCGCUGCUCCCCUCCUACGUCAUUAACCUGCGAGAACUGGACGAGAAACUGUGCAACGUGGCCGACCUGCAGUUUCUGCACGGCUACUAUGAGCCCACGCUGGCCAUCCUAUACGAGCCCAUCAAAACGUUCUCCGGUCGUCUGGCAGUGCGGCGCGACACCUACCAGCUGGUGGCCAUCUCGCUGAACGUGGAGCAGCGCGUACACCCCGUGAUCUGGACGGUGACCAACCUACCGUUCGACUGUCUGAGGAUCGCGCCCGUGCCGCGACCCAUCGGAGGCGCCCUGGUACUGGCCGUUAACUGUCUGCUCUAUCUGAACCAGAGCGUACCGACGUACGGCGUGUCGCUGAAUACGCUCACUGAGACUAGCACACGGUUCCCGCUCAAGCCCGCCGAGGGUGUGAAGAUGUCUCUGGACUGCGCUCAGUCGGUGUUUGUCACAUCUGAUCAGCUGGUCGUCUCACUACGCACCGGAGAACUCUACGUGGUCACCCUGGUGGCUGACAGCAUGCGGAGUGUGCGCGACUUCAACUUUGAGCGGGCCGCCUCCAGUGUGCUGACCUCAUGUAUGACCAUGUGCGGCGACAACUACUUGUUCCUGGGCUCCCGGCUGGGCAACUCUCUACUGCUGAGAGUCCAGGAGAAGAAGGCCGCCGGCGAGCGGGACGGCGAACCGUUCGGGAAGAGGCGCCGCACCGACGGACCGCUGGGUAACGUCGAGAACCUCGACCUCGAGGAACUGGAGGUGUACGGCAGCGAGGACAUGACGCAGACACAGAUGAAGCAGUACACGUUCGAGGUGUGUGACAGCAUCCUGAACCUGAGUCCAUGCGGCCAACUCUCCAUGGGACAGCCGGCCUUCCUCUCGGAGGAGUUCACUCUGGAGGAUCCGGAUAUCGAGCUGAUCACUACCUCUGGUCACGGGAAGAACGGCGCACUGUCCGUGCUGCAGCGCUCUGUGCGGCCCCAGGUGGUGACGACGUUCCCGCUGCCGGGCUGCCUGGACAUGUGGACCGUGCUGGGUGCCGACUCGGGCUCCGCCAGCUCCGGAGACCAGCACGCCUUCCUGCUUCUUAGUCGAGCCGACUCCACAAUGGUCCUGCAGACCGGCGAGGCCAUCAACGAGCUGGAUAAGAGCGGCUUUCAGACGGCAGAGAGGACCGUGGUGGCGGGAAACCUGGGCAGCAGGAAAUACAUCGUUCAGGUGACCACGUCGUCAGUGCUGCUGCUGAGCGGCUCAGUGCUGGUGCACUCGCUGUCCGUCAGCCUCGGAUCGCCGCUGGUGGCGGCAUCUAUAGCGGAUCCCUACGUGGUGGUCACCUCUGAGAGUGGACAGGUGGCGCUGGUGGCGCUCUCCGGCGACCGACUACGGCUGAGUGUGCCGAAUGUGGAUACUGAGGACCUGACGCUAGCCACAGCGUUCGUGGACCGCAGCGGCCUGUUCACCUCCACCGUCCCCUCGUACGUUCGCGACACCGAGGAGUCUGGUGACUUGUCUGCUGAGCGACUGCAGCGUCAGCGACAGCAGGAGCUGGACGAGGAGGACGAGAUGCUGUACGGAGACUCUGUGGCCUCCAUGUUCCCCGCUCCGCCGGCCGCCGACAGCGAAAAGUCUGCCGGUGCUGAGGGAGAGCCGCCCAGCUGGAAGCGUUGGCGGGAGCCGCCCCCCGCCUCUGCCUGGCUGCUGCUGGCCUACGGCUCCGGCGACGUCUCGCUCUGCUCCCUGCCCGACUGCCGACCGUUACUGGUGCUCCGUGGUCUGGCGCAGGGAUGGACUGUGCUCGGACACGAUACGGUGCCGCCACCUGUCGAAGGUGAGCCGGCGCGUCCCGCUCCGAUCCGCGAGCUGGCCAUCACCUGUAUGGGCCACAUGCUCUCGCGUCCCGUGCUGACGGCCGUGGUGGCCGAUCAGCUGCUCAUCUACGAGGCGUUCCCCUGUUACGGGCUGCCCGAGAACCAGCUGAAGCUCAAGUUUCGACGCGUGUCGCACGAUGUCAUCAUACGUAGCAGGAAGAGUAAGACCCGUCCCAGCUCGGAGACAGUCGAGCAGGGAACGCCGCUGCUGCUGAGGGAGUUCCACAACGUGGCGGGAUUCCACGGCCUGUUCCUGUGCGGCCCGAACCCACACUGGAUCCUGAUGACGUCACGCGGCGAACUGCGCUUCCACCCAAUGACCAUCGACGGCCGGCUGAAGAGCUUCGCCAGCUUCAACAACGUCAACUGCCCGCAGGGCUUCCUCUACUUCAACAAGGAGGGUGAGAUGCGGAUCUGCGUGCUGCCGCCCCACCUGCUCUACGAUGCGCCCUGGCCGAUCCGAAAGAUCCCACUGCGCUGCACGCCACAUAUCAUCUGCUACCACCUGGAGACCAAGACGCACCUGGUGUGCUCGUCCAACGCCCAGCAGUCCAUGAAGGUCUACAAGUUCACUGGCGACGACAAGGAGUUGAGUGUGGAGGACAGGGGUGACCGGUUCCCGUACCCGUACCAGAAGGUGUACACCAUCCAACUGUACUCGCCCGUCUCCUGGGAGCCGGUGCCGAAGGCGUCCAUCGAGUUCGAGGAGUGGGAGGUGGUGACUGUGCUGAAGAACGUCAGCCUGCAGUACGAGGGCCACCGGUCCGGUCAGCGCAUGUACAUCGCCGUGGCCACCAACCACAGCUACGGGGAGGACGUCGUCUGCAAGGGACAGCUGAUGCUGAUGGACGUCAUCGAGGUGGUGCCCGAGCCGGGCCAGCCGCUGACCAAGAACAAGCUGAAGACGCUGCUGACCAAGGAGCAGUCGGCGCCGGUCACAGCCAUCAGCUCCGUGGCCGGCUUCCUGCUGGGCGCCGUCGGACAAAAGGUAUUCGUAUGGACUGUCAAGAACAACGACCUGGUCGGUCUGGCAUUCAUCGACACCCAGGUGUACAUCCACGAGCUGCAUGCCAUGAAGAACAUGAUCCUGGCCUCGGACGUCUCCAACUCAGUGUCGGUGCUGCGCUUCCAGCAGGACUUCCGCACCAUCUCCCUCCUGGCCAGGGACUACAAGCCCAGGGACAUCUACGGCGUCGAGUAUCUGGUCGACAACACACAAGUCGGGUUUAUCGCGACGGACGCCGAGGCGAACCUGGUGGUGUUUCAGUACCAACCGGAGGCCCGGGAGAGCAACGGAGGACAGAGACUCAUGCGCAGGGCAGACUUCAACCUCUGUUCGCGAGUAACUACGAUGACGCGGGUCCGGUGUCGUCUGAAGGAUACUUCGGGCGAGAGGAAGCACCCGCCCAUCGUGGCCAAACGACACAUGACCGUUUACGCUUCGCUGGACGGCGGACUGGGCUUCCUCCUUCCCCUACCGGAGAAGACCUACCGACGGCUGCUGAUGCUACAGAACCUGCUGACCGGCCAGCUACCUCACAGCCUCGGCCUGAACCCCCGCACGUUCCGCGCAUACCGCAGCCAGAGGCGCGAACUGCAGCCGCCGGCGCGCGGCGUGCUCGACGGAGACCUGGUGUUCUCCUACCUCAACCUGCCCGCGCCAGAGCGGAACGACGUGGCGCGAAGAAUUGGCGCCAAAACCGACGAGCUGGCUGAUGAUUUGAUGGAUAUCAGUCGGUUCACGGCUCACUUCUGAGGAAAGAGGAAGACUGGGGACUGGGGAGGGAUCGGGAGGGUGGAAUGUAUGAUAGGGGAAGCGUGAGAAUAGGUAUGUGUGGCGAGGAUGGACAAGUGCAUGAGAAGGGGGAUUUGUUGAGUAGCCAUGCCGGGCUUUCAAGGUGUCCGCAAUGGUACAAAGACUAGUUUGCUAGCACUGGUCCUGCUCCAAGUGGAGUAUCGUGUAGAUUGUGAUACACGUGUUGUGUCCCAGGCUGGAAUGGUUGUGUGAAUGGUACGUUGUAUUUGUAUACAGUUGGUGUCAAACCGACAAUCGCCGUAGUUCAUGUCGCCUUUUGCCAGAAGCGUGCUCAACACGAAGGGCAGUGCCCUACGUACCCAGGGUCGUACCCGUUCGAGCUCUCAUGUUUCGCAUGUAUGUACAUACAGUCGCGCAUUGUCAACAGCAGUGUAUUUCAUUCCGUCGUCUCAACCCGUGGCUGGAAGCGGUGCAUUCACACCGGGGACAGCUCCGGACCUGUGUCCAUCACUCGGCGUCCCUCCCGUCCCCGGUAUAAACCAUCCAUAAAUACACCUCAGUAAUCCUCCAUCA